AAACGUUAGCUUGGUAUAGAAGUAGAGGACAGAGCCACCUCGUUUCCCUCUCUUCUUCACUCGCCGCCAUUUUGGUGUGACGAACAUUCUUUUCCUUUCGUGAAGUCUCUGUUCUCGAAGCGUAAAAUGUCCCGGGAUAGGUACAGAAAUCGCGGCGGCAUGGGCGGCGGCGGAGGAGGAAUGGGAAUGAACAUGAACAUGUACCGUCGAGGUAACGGUGGACGAGGAAUGGGAGGAGGAGGGAUGUCUAACUAUCACCGUGGCCCUGGGUACGUAGACUCCAACCGCAGCUCUUCUGGGUAUCAGCCGCACAAGCCGCCUCAACAGCAGACGCCACAGCAGCAGAAGCCGAACCAGAACCAGCAGCAGAGUCAGGCGAAGCCUACGCCUCAGCAGCAACCACCACAGCAACCGGCACCUGCUCCGGAACAAAAGCCUGCUCCGGAACAAAAGCCAGUAGUCCAAGAGCCCGCCAAGCCCACCCAGACCCCGGCCGCCAAACCUGCCCCCCAGACCCCCGCCGCCAAACCUGCUCCUCAGACCUCAACCUCUACCACUCCGCAGACUAAACCAGCUCAGUCUCCUCAGCAGAAGCCAGUGGUCACCCCACAACAGCCACCCCAGCAGCAGGCCAGUAACCCGAAACCCGCUAACCAGAACCAGGCCCCGAAACCCCUGCCCAAAAUCACGUCUCCUGUUAGCCAGCCCCCGCCUCAGCAGCCGCCACAGCAACAACCACAUCAGCAUCAACAGCAUUAUCAGCCAUCACAGCAACAUCAACUAUCACAACAGCGGCGUUCCGGGCCCGGCAUCCAGGUCGGCCAGAAGAGACCUCAUCAGUCCCGCUUCCAUUCUCAUCCCCCGCCACAGGCCGAGGAUGUCUCUAUGGGGAAUGCCCACGAAGAGAACUUCAGCGACGGUGUCAAAGCAACAUUGUCACUUUUGAAGCGGCCUGGAGAGAAGACUUAUACCCAACGCUGCAGGCUGUUUGUCGGAAACCUUCCCACUGACAUCACUGACGAUGAAUUUAAGAAACUAUUUUCGAAGUAUGGGGAACCUGGUGAAGUUUUUAUCAACAAAAGCAAAGGUUUUGGCUUUAUUAAGCUGGAAACAAGGGCACUGGCUGAAAUUGCCAAAGCAGAGCUUGAUGAUUUUCCCAUGAGAGGCAGGCAGCUCCGUGUACGUUUUGCCACUCACUCUGCAGCCCUUUCCGUACGCAACCUUUCUUCAUUUGUAUCGAAUGAGCUAUUGGAGGAAGCGUUCAGUCAAUUUGGUCCAGUUGAAAGAGCUGUGGUUAUUGUAGAUGACCGUGGAAGAUCCACAGGAAAAGGAAUAAUUGAGUUUGCUGCAAAGCCCGCUGCUAGAAAGGCAUAUGAAAGGUGUAAUGAUGGAGUCUUCCUGUUGACAACGACCCCAAUGCCGGUUAUCGUGGAGCCUCUGGAACAAUUUGAUGAUGAAGAUGGCCUUCCGGAGAAACUUGCCCAGAAGAAUCAUUUGUAUCAAAAAGAGAGAGAGGUUCCUCCACGGUUUGCCCAGCAUGGAAGUUUUGAGUUUGAAUAUUCUCAGAGAUGGAAGUCUUUGGAUGAGAUGGAGAAACAACAAAGGCAACAAGUGGAGAAAAAUAUGAAAGAAGCUAAAGAGAAACUAGAAAGUGAAAUGGAAGAUGCUUUCCAUGAACAUCAAGCCAACCUGCUGCGGCAAGAUUUGAUGAGGCGUCAGGAGGAGCUAAGACGCAUGGAGGAAAUACACAACCAAGAAAUGCAGAAGCGCAAGGAAAUUCAGUUGAGACAAGAAGAGGAACGCCGCAGACGUGAAGAAGAAAUGAUGCUGCGACAGCGUGAAAUGGAAGAGCAGAUGAGACGUCAGCGGGAAGAGGGGUACCGUAUGAGUUAUAUGGAUCCGAGAGAGCGGGAUAUGCGAAUGGGAACUAACUCGUUGUCCAUGGCAGAUGCAUAUGGUGCUGCAGCCCCAAAAUAUCCAACACUUGGGUCAACUGGCAUGGGCUAUGAGGGCAGUCCAGGUGUGACACAGGCAGCAAUUGCCUCAUCUCUAAUGGCUAAUGACAUGCGUAAUGAUCGCUUUGUUCAGGGCACUGCAGGGGCCCCCAAUGCUCAGGCUUCCAGAGGGAUUGGGUCAGUUCCCGCUACAGCAGGCGCUGGAGGCUAUGGGAGGGGGAGAGAGGAAUAUGAAGGGGCACCGAAGAAACCAAGGUUCUAGAUGGCCUCCUAUAUCAGCCUGACUUUUUUUUGUUAACACACUUUUAUCUUCUAUUUUAUUGAAGUAACAUUUUUAUGAAUGCUCAAUUGCUUGACCCAGUAUCUGUGAAGCUGGAUGUGAUGUAUGUAGGUCUGAGUUAUUAUUUUUUUUUUUUUUAUGGCAGUGUAUGUUCAUUCCCAUUAGCGCCCCCAACUUUUAUUUUUUAAUUUUACACAUGCUUUAAUUAGACUGGAUGCUACUCAAAUCUUGGUCUUUGCUGUUUAGAAUUUCACCAGUUAAAUUGAUAUUGGUCAUCAUGAACUGCAAUAUUCCUAGAAAGAGUUUAUUGGCAAGACCAUUGCAUGACUUGCCAUCAUGCCAUCCAGUGUCAGACUGUAAAUAGAUGGGCAGCUUUACCCCAACAUACAGCCGUAACUCAAACUUGACCCUCUUGUUUUAAGACGGCAGUCUAACUCUUAGUAAUGCUCUAAUUUUGUGAAUUGCCUCCCUGUGGUUCUGGGAUGGAUCUGAUGAUGCUAAUUUAUGUAUUUGAGUAUUGUGGUGAGCAGAAACUCGUUGAAACUUGUCCUUGUAAUACAUUGUAUUAAAAUACUUCUGAAUAAAAA